AUGAAACCAAUCCCUGCUAUUGGAAAUAACAAGGGACUUCCAAUCUACUCAAUUUCAAUUUCUUUGGGACAAGAUGAUCCAACUCUACAAAAUAACCCGAUACACCAAAUACUGCCACCAACCAUUCGAAUUUUAAAAUGUACUAUUAUACAAUUCCUUCGAGAUCGACGACUUUUACCUCAACUACGAUUCGAUGAAAUUAUCAACCAAACAAGAGUAGAACAAUUAUUUAUCACCAACCAAAGUAAACAUUACAACUGGCAGAUUGGUAUUAGAAGACUUGAACGAAAUCACUCUAGAAUCAUGGUGAUAGGUGGGUACCCAUUCUUUGGUGUCGAGUCAUUAGAUAUCUACUAUUAUUUGAACCAUCUUCCCAUUUCACCAAAUCACUACUACAAUCUAUUCUACAUUUAUUUAAAACAACAACAACAUAAAUCAAAACCCAUGGGAUUAAUUUAUUCACUAUUAUCAAACUUUGGAAAAUCUAAAAACUAUCGUAUCUUGAUGAUUGGUCUGAGAUCAGCUGGUAAAACAACUAUAUUAAAUCGUUUGAAACUUGGUGAAGUUGCAACAACCACCAUUCCAACAGUUGGUUUUAAUUUGGAAACUGUUGAAUUUAAAAAUGUCAACUUUACAGUUUGGGAUGUUGGAGGUACACUUUGGAGACAUUAUUAUGCAGGAGCAGCAGCAGUUAUAUUUGUAGUUGAUGCUUCUGAUAGAGAAAGAGUAGUGGAAGCAAAAGAAUUGAUGAAUGCCAUAAAUGAUAGAGAAUUACAAGAUGCAGUGCUACUCGUCAUGGCCAACAAAAUGGACCAUCCCAAUGCAAUGUCUGUAUCCCAAAUAGCAGAAGAACUGGGAUUGCUACAACUCAGAUCUAGAAAGUGGUACAUACAAUCAACUGUUGCCACCAGAGGUGAUGGUAUAUAUGAAGGUUUGGAUUGGUUAAAUAAUACUCUUCAAAAUCAAUCAAAAUAA